AUGGGUAUGAGAACUGAGCAAGUGAAGGCGGUAGAACAGUUGUUGAAAAAAAAUAUUAAUUUGAUACCGAUCGAGAAGUGGGGCUUUGAUAAAACAAUAUUGGAUGAAAUGAAGGCACACAAACAUCGCACUGUGGAUUCACAGCUGUCAGAAGGUGCUAAAAAAAAGCUGAGUAAAGCCUUGAAGCAGCGUUUGGCUAGGAGAUGUAAUGCUUGCUUUGAAACUGUUACUGAAGUCUUCGAGUGGCUUGCGCUUUCAGGUGCCAGUACAGGAGUGAAGAAAAGCCAAAAAGUGGUUGGGAUUUCAUCAAGCUCAUCUAUAAAAUCGGAAUCAGCAAGGGCUAGCGAGUUUGGUGUGAAAAAAAGGGGAAGCGGGAGCAAGUUAGAGGAUACACCGAUCAGAUCAAUGAAAGGAAAUAAUGUGGAUGAAGCUGAUAACGUUUUACACAACACUGCUUCAAAGCCCACAAUUGACAACGGGUUUUCAGAAAAAACAAACAGGAGAAAAAGAAAAGCGAGAAGUAAAGAUGAACUUAAAGCAGAUAAAAAGAGGAAACGUGCUGAGAAAGGGUCAGAGGAUGUGGAAGAGGAAGAAACUGACGAAGUUUUUGGGCCAACGACAAGGUUGGGGAAGCGAACUGUGGAGGAAGUGAAGGAGGCUAGCAGGAUGAGAAGAAAGCUGAAUGACUUUAAAAGGAAGCAGAAGAAACAGAAGGGUGGACAAGAAGUAAAAGCUCAAAAAGGAAAAAAAGAGGCUUCCAAAUUAAAUGUCAAGGAAGAUGACGAUGUGGGAGUUCAAACUGUUUUGUCGAAUGGUGACUCAAAGAUUGUUUAUUCAAAGUUUGAUUUUAUUGUUAAAGAUGAACCCAAGGAUAAUCCUGAAUUAUUGAAGAAAGGUAUGAAACGAAAAGAGAAAAUUAAGCAACAGAAAAAAAAGAAGUGGGAUAGGCGACUUGAGGCAGUAAAGCACAACCAAGAGAAGAAGCAAGAGAAGAGGAGAGCUAACUUACAGGCUAGAAAAGAAAUGAAGAAGAAAAAGAAGAUGGAAAAAUUAAAAAAGAAAGGAAGAGCUUUAUAA